GAGUGAACCACCUGUGUGUAUCCACCUGUUCACAUAUAACCAUCAUCAUCAUCAUUAACAUUGUAAUCUUCCUCCUCUUCUUAGAUGUCAUGGUGCCCUCCGUACCGUAGUUCUAAGUUCCGACACGUCUACGGUAAGGCCUCCACCAAAGACCACGGUUACCACGGAAUCCCCAUCACACACAGCGUCCACGACAACCACUACUGCUCCGUUAACCCGCGCUUCGUUGCCAUAGUAACGGAAUGCUCCGGGGGCGGUGCUUUCUUGGUCCUCUCCAUCCAUCACACUGGUAAAGUAGACCCCCAACACCCCAGGGUGUGUGGUCACAGUGCCAGGGUGUUGGAUGUCAAGUGGAACCCCUUUGAUGACCACUGCAUCGCCUCCUGCUCUGAGGACUGCACCGUAAAGCUAUGGGACAUCCCAGCCAACGGUCUCUAUCAGAACAUGACCCUCCCUCGGAAGGUGCUUCAGGGUCACAGUCGCAGAGUCAACCUGAUAGAAUGGCACCCUACUGCUCGGGAUCUACUGGUCAGCUCAGCCUACGACUACAAGGUGAUGGUCUGGGAUGUGUCAGUGUGUGACUCGGUGCUGAGGAACCCAGUAUGUGUUAUUUCUCUUCACACUGAGCUGGUUCUGUCCAUGUCCUUCAACAAUGACGGCAGCUCUCUAGCUACCACCAGCCUGGACAAGAAGAUCCGAGUCAUGGACCCACGUACUGGACGCCUCAUACAGGUGUCCAGCAGUAAACUCCACAGGGCCAAUAAGGUGGUGUUUAUAGGAGACCAGAACAUGCUGUUUUCUACUGGCAGCUCACCAUGGAACCAAAGACAGAUCACAUUAUGGGAUCCGGAUGAUCUGUCAGAGCCGCUGUCGGAGGAGGAGGUGGAUGGAGGUGCAGGAGUCCUCUUCCCAUUCUACGACCCUGAUACACACCUCCUCUACCUGGCUGGCAAGGGUGAUGGUAACAUCCGGUAUUAUGAGAUCAGUUCUGAGAAGCCCUACGUUCAGUUCCUCACUGAGUAUUACUCCCUACUGCCUCAGAAAGGAUUGGGGGUCAUGCCUAAGCGCGGUCUGGACGUGAGUUCCUGUGAGGUGUUCCGGUUCUACCGCUUGGUGACUGUUAAGGACCUGGUCGAACCGCUCUCCAUGAUCGUCCCUCGCAGGUCCCCAAAGACCUUCCAGGAUGACAUCUUCCCCAUGACAGCAGGCAACGAGGCGGCCCUGACGGCUCAACAGUGGCUCUCGGGGAUCAAUAGAGGCCCGGUGCUGAUGUGUCUGAAACCUGGCAGUAAGAUAGCCAACCCCUACCCUGAGACCCUACCCAGGAGGGGGCUGAGCAACUUCCAGAGUGGGGGACCAGGAGAGACAGGGUCCACGGAGCAGACCUUCCUCCAGGAGCAGCUGGCCUACCAGGACGCCAAGUACCCCAGGGAAGUGGCUGAUCUGUCGGGCUGGCAGCCAGACGAGACCCAGGCUCCGGGUUGGGCCUACACUCCCCACUGUUGUGAGCCCUCAGAGUGCCCUCCUCCCAGGACAGAGAGUGAG